CUGUGCUCUUGGCAAAUUUUCAGUGUAUUCUUGGCUGUGCUCCCAGCUCCCUCGGACUGUCUCCAUUUUACAGCUUGCACAGUUCGGAGCUCUCUGACCAUGAUGUCUCUUCGUGUCAUGCGUUCCUCCCUGUUGAGCCGGGUCAAGCUCCUGGGUGCCACCAGCGUCCGAGCUGCUCACGGACACGAGGGGCAUGUGUCUCACCACCCAGAUGGCUCCGAGCCCCUCUACUAUGAUCACCGGGCGUUCCCUUUGCCAGACAUACUCUUUCGGAAGGAACUGAGCUCCCAUCAGACAGCACUAAAGGAAAAAGAGAAAGGGGCCUGGAAGCAACUGAGCCAAGAAGAUAAAAUUGCACUUUACCGCAUUAAGUUUGACCAAAGCUACGCGGAGAUGAACAAACCUUCCAACGAGUGGAAGACUGUGUUUGGGGGAAUUUUUAUUUUGUUUGGUAUAACCGGAUUUGUUGUGUGGUGGCAGAGCAUGUACGUGUACCCUGCAAAGCCACACACCUUGGAUGACGAAUGGAAGGCAAUGCAGAUGCAAAGGAUGCUGGACAUGCAUAUUGGGCCAAUCCAAGGCUUCUCCUCAAAGUGGGACUACGAGAAGAACGAGUGGAAAAAAUAGGCUGGUUUUCUAUUCAGAGGAGGGAAAUUGGGGGAAACCAGUUGGGUACAGGGAAGUUUGGUGGGUAAACUAAUAUCAUUGAAGUGGCGUUCUAUCUCCCAAGGGGGGGGGAAAAAGUUCUUAAGGUACUAAGAUAUUGUGCUACAUCCAGGUGAUCCCCUGCUAAGGAUUAUGGGAAUAUCAGUAGCUAUAGAACCAUGGGCCUUGCUACUCCUUCACACACUCACAUGGAUACAAUUAUCAAAAUCACUGUACACCCACUAAAACGCACUGCGCAUGUUUGCCUGUUCCAGCCACUGUUCCCAUCAGCCAUACAUUCAUUCUCUCUAGCCACUAGUAUAAUGGUUUCUACAAUGUCACCCCCUGUGAACCCGUCCAUGGUUUGUGUAUAAAGUGGUUUAAUAAACUGGAGUUUAAAACUA